AUGCCUUCCAUGCCUCCUCUCCUGCUCUGCCUCACCUUCGCAGCCCUCCCGGAGCUCGCCGCCGCCGCCGACGAGCCCGUGCGAGACAGCCGCUCGCCGCCCCAGAUUCUCCUGUCUCCAGCACAGUGCCAGGCCUGGGGCACAGUGGCCAACGCGUCGGGUGGGCUCGGCGCCGUAUGCGCUGCGUGCUCGCGCCCGGGCGAGGGCGGCGAUGCGCCGCCAUCGGCCGCACCGCCGCCGGUCCAAGCCUCUGACUGCGCCCUCCGUGGCCUGAGCGUCUCCGGCACCGAUCUCCAGCCGCCCUUUGACGCGGCAAAGCGCCGGUAUGCGGCGACGGUGCACACCUCGCAGCCGAUGCUGCUGGCGGAGAGCGGCGCGGAUUGCCGGCUGCAGGUCACCUGCUGGGACCGGCUCGCUCCCGAGGCGCCUCCGAUCCCGCCCGCGCUCGACACCGGCGUCCCGCGCUUUGCGCUCCCUCUGCCGGGCGAGACUGCGAGUAGCGCCUGCGAGGUGGCCCUGCUGCGCGGCGACGCCGCGGCCGCGGUGUAUACCGUCCUGCUGGGGAGGGAGCCCGGCGUGCCGCUCCUCGACGACCCGGUCGCGGACGAGGAGGGGGCGGCGGCAGCAUCCUCAGGCGGCGGCGGCGUGAUGCUCCUCGUGCUGCUUUGCUCGGUGGGAGGCUGCUGCUGGGCGGCGCAACGGUUCGGCGUCAAGGAACGCGGCGCCGGCCUCCUCGCCAGCAUAGAGGGAGGCUCCAGCUAUGAGGCGGCUGGCUCCGGCGCGCUCGGCUUCUAG